AUGCGUCCGCAUUCCGCAGGCUCAGUGCGGAGUCCUAGUGAUCCGUCGGGGCUGUUACAGAAGGCUAGCUCAGGCUCUGAUAUAAAGGACCUGUCCUCGAUUGGAGAUGAAGCGAAGAAGGUUACGAUAACUAAUGAGCUCGAUUUCAGCCGAUGGUAUCAUGAUAUUGAGGAUGGACUGCUUGAAGCUAGCUAUGAGGAGUAUCAGUCUUGUCUUCAUGAGCUUGAGGCGUCAAAAUCCCAUCUCGACACUCUCCUCGCGGAUACGUCCUCGACGCUUGAGCUUCUUUCUAGCUUGUCUGAAUCGUUCAAGGCAGUUGAAUUACAAACCUCUACUUUCCAGAAGCAGUGCGAAGGCCUUCUCUCUGCGCAGAAACGGAACUCUGAACUGGCGGAUGACAUUCGCGACAAUCUUCAGUAUUACGAUUUCUUAGAUCCUGCUUCUAGAAAGCUCAAUGCCCCGGGCGCGGGAAGGGCCGUUCGUACGAAGGAAUUCUCUGACAUGCUAAGGCGCCUUGAUGAGUGUUUGGAUUACAUGGAAGCCCAUCCCGAGCAGAAGGAGGCCGAGACAUACCGCUCCAGGUACAAGCUAUUACUGACCCGCGCUCUCACCCUCAUUCGCGGUAAUUUCGUGGCGGCAUUGCGAGAAAUUUCUUCUGGUGUUUCAAAGAGAAUCGCGGACAAACAACUCAAUGACACUACAAUGUCCGCUCUUUUGUAUGCGAAAUUCCGUGUCGGUGCGUCCGAAAUGAAGCAAAUCGGUCUCGAGAUUCAGAAGAGAGCUGUCCCGCCAUUGGAUCCGGAGCAGGGUACCGAAGCAGAAUACCAAAGUCUUAUGAACGAACUUCAUUCGAGUUUUGCAGCGACCCGCGGGAAACUUAUCAUACCGCUCGUACGAAAAAAGCUCGCCCAAAUCGCGCAAGCUCCCAGCACUUCUAAAGACCUCGUAGCGUUUGCCCGAUCCAGCAUCAGUUACGUACGUGGUAUCUGCUUGGAUGAAUUCGAAUUAUGGGGGGAAUGGUUUCAUGGCCAGGACGGCUUGUACGAUUUCUUGGAGUCAAUAUGCGAACCCCUUUAUGAUCAUCUGAGACCAAGGAUCAUUCAUGAAGUCAAGCUUAUUAAACUUUGCCAACUUUGCACUUUGCUUCAAACUCGGUACCUAUCAGAUCCAGAAGAGGAGACUGAAUAUACCGAUCCAAACCAACUGGACUUCUCAGUUUUGAUCCAACCUGCACUUGAAGAUGCACAGACUCGUCUUGUCUUCCGAGUACAAGCAAUUCUUCGAGAUGAAAUCGAGAGGUUUAAACCCCGACCAGAAGAUAUUGACUAUCCUGCUCGCAAUCGGCGAGUGGAUCUCUCAUCAACAUCCAAUCCACUUUCGGGCCGGAAAGUCUCAGAGGGUGGAACGGAGACUACGUUACCAAAGACUCCGAAAGUCGUCGACGAAGACACUGACUCGCCCACCGAAAAAGAUGCAUGGUGGGAUUUUGACUCCCAGGCCGCAUUCCAGGCUUGGUAUCCCACACUGCGGAAGGCUAUCUGGCUUCUUAGCCGGAUUUAUCGACUAGUUAACUCAACCGUUUUUGACGACCUUGCCCAUCAAAUCGUGCACCAGACUACUGUGUCACUUCACCAAGCCAGCGCUCUGAUAUCGAGCAAGUCGUCAACAGUAGACGGGCAGUUGUUUUUGAUAAAACAUCUUCUCAUACUCAAGCAGCAGAUUGUUGCUUUCGACAUCGAAUACGUGACACCUGACAUCUCUCUUGACUUCUCAGGGGUUACGAAUACUUUCUGGGAACUCCGGGAACGUGGCGGCUUAUUCAAUCCGAAGAACCUUAUGCGACUUGUCGGCCACGGUCUACUUCCACGCGUUGUAGAGAAUAUGCUAGACGCUAAAGUGGAGCUGGACGGCCGGCUCAGGACGGUAAUCAACGAUUUCACCAACCACUUCGCCACGAAGAUGACGGCAUCCUUGCCGACGAAGUUCGUUGAAAAGAACAUGGAGAGUGGGGGCGCGAUCAGCCCUACAUGUCGAGCCAUUGAGAAGGAGGUUCCGAUCCUUCGUCAAGUUCUGGAUGACUACCUGGACGACACACGGACCAAGGAGACUUUGGUCGGUGCGGUGCAGGACCGUGUCAUACAGAUAUACGAAGAAUUUUUCGAGAAAUACACGUCUGCGGAGAAAAGCAAGGGGAAACCUGUCAGCAAAAAGGGUAAAGGACGCCAGGACGCCGUCUGGGACGUCGAUACAUUUGCAGAAUGGAGCGAGGAGGUCUUCCGGGUCGGUAUCGCUGGAGUCCGUUCUUACGACGAUGAUGAUGAUGACGACAACGACGACAACGAAGAUGAUUGUGACCAUGACCACGAGGACGGCGAGGAGGAUAUAACUCCAAGCCGCAGUGUGAGCCGGAACAGCAACAGGAUCUGA